AUGGUGCAAAUAAAGUACCUACUUCUGAUUUCCAGACAAGGAAAGGUACGGCUGAUGCGAUGGUUUGGAGCCUACACCUCUAACGACAAAACCAAAAUCUGCAGAGAGCUCAGUACCACCGUGCUAGCGCGUAAAGCAAAAAUGUGUAACAUUUUAGAGUACCAGGAUCAUAAAGUCGUUUACAGAAGGUACGCUAGUCUCUAUUUCGUGUGUGGAAUCAGUUCAGAGAGCAGCAAUGAGCUCUUGACCCUAGAAAUUAUCCACCGUUACGUUGAGGCCAUGGACAGCUAUUUUGACAAUGUGUGCGAAUUGGACAUUAUUUUCAAUUUCUCCAAAGCGUACGAAAUACUGAAUGAGGUUCUGAUAUGUGACGGCUCAAUGACCGAAACGAGCAAAACUAAUAUCCUCAAGACGGUGGCGUCCAUGGACGCACUCGAAACCAGCGACAAUUUGGACCAAGUCCUUAGCUAG